AUGUCUGCUGAACCAGACCACUCCGCCGGCAAGGGCAAAGUCAAGCUCGACAACGAUCCUUCCGGCGGCGAGCACCGCGAUGAGGAUGCCACCGCCACGGCCAUCCUCAAGAAGAAGAAGAAGCCCAACAGCUUGAUCGUCACGGACGCCACCACCGAUGACAACUCCAUUCUCGCACUGUCCAACAACACCAUGGAGCAGCUGCAGCUGUUCCGCGGCGACACUGUCCUCGUCAAGGGCAAGAAGAGAAAGGACACCGUACUCAUCGUCCUCGCUGAUGACGACCUUGAUGACGGCUCAGCGCGCAUGAACCGCGUGGUGAGACACAAUCUCAGAGUCAAGCUGGGCGACGUCGUCACGGUCAACCCAUGCCCCGACAUCAAAUACGCAAAGCGCAUCGCAGUCCUGCCCAUGGCAGACACCAUCGAGGGUCUGACCGGCUCGCUGUUCGAUGUUUUCCUCGCACCAUACUUCCGCGAAGCCUACCGCCCACUGCGGCAAGGCGAUCUCUUCACAUGCCGCGCCGCCAUGCGGACGGUAGAGUUCAAGGUCGUCGAGAUCGACCCACCAGAGUACGGCAUCGUGGCACAAGACACUGUCAUCCACUGCGAAGGUGAGCCCAUUCAGCGAGAAGAUGAGGAGGGCAACCUCAACGAGGUCGGCUACGAUGACAUUGGUGGCUGCCGCAAGCAGAUGGCCCAGGUCCGCGAGUUGGUCGAGCUUCCGCUCAGACAUCCUCAGCUGUUCAAGUCCAUCGGUAUCAAGCCGCCGCGUGGUAUCCUCAUGUAUGGUCCACCCGGUACUGGUAAGACGCUGAUGGCCCGCGCCGUUGCCAACGAGACCGGUGCUUUCUUCUUCCUCAUCAACGGCCCAGAGAUCAUGUCGAAGAUGGCUGGUGAGUCUGAGAGCAAUCUGCGAAAGGCCUUCGAGGAGGCGGAGAAGAACAGCCCGGCCAUCAUCUUCAUCGACGAAAUUGACUCCAUCGCGCCAAAGCGUGAGAAGACCAACGGUGAAGUUGAGCGACGUGUCGUCUCUCAGCUGCUCACCCUCAUGGAUGGCAUGAAGGCCCGUUCCAACGUGGUCGUCAUGGCCGCCACCAACCGUCCCAACUCGAUCGACCCAGCCCUUCGUCGUUUCGGCCGUUUCGACCGUGAAGUCGACAUCGGUAUCCCAGACCCCACCGGCCGUCUCGAGAUUCUCCAGAUCCACACCAAGAACAUGAAGCUUGGUGAAGACGUCGACCUCGAAUCGAUCGCCGCCGAGACCCACGGUUACGUCGGUUCGGAUAUCGCCUCGCUCUGCUCCGAAGCCGCCAUGCAGCAGAUUCGUGAGAAGAUGGACCUGAUCGAUUUGGAUGAGGAUACCAUCGACGCUGAGGUGCUCGACAGCCUUGGUGUCACGCAAGAGAACUUCCGAUUCGCUCUUGGCGUCAGCAACCCAUCUGCUCUCCGCGAGGUUGCCGUCGUCGAGGUGCCCAACGUGCGGUGGGACGACAUUGGUGGUCUCGAAGACGUCAAGCGCGAGCUCAUCGAGUCCGUGCAGUACCCAGUUGACCACCCAGAGAAGUUCCUCAAGUUCGGUCUUAGCCCGUCCCGAGGUGUGCUCUUCUACGGACCACCAGGUACUGGUAAGACUCUUCUCGCCAAGGCAGUCGCCAACGAGUGCGCUGCCAACUUCAUCUCCGUCAAGGGUCCUGAACUGCUCUCCAUGUGGUUCGGUGAGUCCGAGAGCAACAUUCGAGACAUCUUCGACAAGGCUCGUGCUGCUGCUCCUUGCGUUGUCUUCCUCGACGAGUUGGACUCCAUUGCCAAGUCUCGUGGCGGUAGUGUCGGCGAUGCUGGCGGUGCUUCCGACCGUGUGGUCAACCAGCUCCUGACUGAGAUGGACGGCAUGACCAGCAAGAAGAACGUCUUCGUCAUUGGUGCUACUAACCGACCAGAGCAACUCGACAACGCUCUCUGCCGUCCAGGUCGUCUCGAUACCCUUGUGUACGUCCCACUUCCCGACCAGGUCGGCCGUGAGAGCAUUCUCAAGGCUCAGCUCCGCAAGACGCCAGUCGCCCCCGACGUCGACCUUUCCUACAUCGCCCAGAAGACCCACGGCUUCUCUGGUGCCGACUUGGGCUUCAUCACCCAGCGUGCUGUCAAGCUCGCCAUCAAGGAGAGCAUCGGCAUUGCCAUCGAGAAGGACAAGGCCCGCGAGGCUCAGGAGGGGGAUGACACCAAGAUGGAGGAGGAUGUUGACGAGGAGGACCCUGUGCCUGAACUCACCAAGAAGCACUUCGAGGAGGCUAUGAGCAUGGCUCGUCGCUCAGUCACGGAUACCGAGAUUCGCCGAUACGAGGCAUUCGCCCAGAGCAUGAAGAGCAGCGCUGGCGGCAGUGCUUUCUUCCGCUUCCCAGAGGACGGUACCGAUGGUGGCGCCGAUCAGCAGCAGAACGGUGCCGGCGAAGAGGACCUUUACGACUAA